ACUGCUCCGGUUGUCCCGACUGCGGCCGCGGAGCCCUGGUGCCUGCCCCGGGAACUGCCUGGGCUUUUCCGUUGUUGGCGUCUGGCUGCAGGAGCUAUAUACUGAAGACAAUGUCUGGAAGCUUCUACUUUGUAAUUGUUGGCCACCACGAUAAUCCAGUUUUUGAAAUGGAGUUUUUGCCAGCUGGAAAAGCAGAAUCCAAAGACGACCAUCGUCAUCUGAACCAGUUCAUAGCUCACGCUGCCCUCGACCUCGUAGAUGAGAAUAUGUGGCUGUCGAACAACAUGUACUUGAAAACUGUGGACAAGUUCAAUGAGUGGUUUGUUUCAGCAUUUGUUACUGCAGGUCAUAUGAGAUUUAUUAUGCUUCAUGACAUAAGGCAAGAAGAUGGAAUAAAGAACUUCUUUACUGAUGUCUAUGACUUAUAUAUAAAGUUUGCAAUGAAUCCAUUUUAUGAACCCAAUUCUCCUAUUCGAUCAAGCGCAUUUGACAGAAAAGUUCAGUUUCUUGGGAAGAAGCACCUUUUAAGCUGAAUGCAGAAAAAUUCAGAAACAAACAAUGUCACUACAAUGGGGUAUACUCAGGAAUGUGUACAUUGUAAGUAAGUUGAUUAAAUAGCCUGGAAAAGUUUUACUUGUAGUCUCAAUUUAUCUAAACCUAAUGAAAUUCCUUUUAUAUUUAAAAAUAGUACACUCAGUUUCUUAUGAUUACCAACAGAUCAAUAUUUGCUUAUAAACAGUGUUAUUUAUAAAGAGCUCUUUAUU